CGCAACAAGCACAAACACUACACCCUGAAACAAUGAAACAAGGAAAGAAAGAAAAGAAAGGGAAGAGAGGAUAGGGGGCGCAGGAAAAAGAAAAGCAAAAGGGGGAAACAGAGGUCAGAGGGGGGAAGGAAGUCGCCGCGCCCUACCCAUUCGUCGCCGCCGUCUGAGGAGCUUCCAUGGCCGCUACUGUUGAGCUCGCAGGUGAGAGAAAGAGAGACGCGCGAGGGAGGAAGGCUUUGCAAGGAACGUCGCGUCGCUGCUGUGAACCCACCGCCACCAGGGCCAGUAGCCGUUCGUGAAGCCAUCGCCGUCAGCCCCGUCGCCGCCGUCGCCUCAAGGCUCGCCAUCAUCAUCCUUGGCGGGUGCCCUUGCUGCCGCUGGUGGAGACGAAUCCGCCGCUGGUCUGAGCUAAGAAGAAACGCAUGGAGAGGGGGUGAACGAAGCCCUCGCAGGAACCGCCGUCUAGAAAGGGUUCAGGUCGCCAUUGAUGGGGCUAGCCGGAACUGUUCCAAGGUUUUUGCCGUUGAUUUUGAUUUUGUUCUGUUUCGGUUGAAGCCGUUGAAGCCGUUGCUGCCUCUAGUCGCCGGAAAGCCACCACUACUCCUUCUGCCCUGCCCCUGUUUCGUUAGGGUUUGCUGCUUUUCAUGAAUAAAUUGUUACUAUUCGGUGUUGAUGUUGCUGCUGUUAUCACUGCUGGUUCUAAUGCCAUUGCUGCUAUUGCUGUUAAUUUGGAAUAAGUGGGUUUGUCGCCUUUGCCUUCUUGGGUUGAAUUCCGAUGAUUUUAUAUCAAAUUUAAGGUUGCUGUUGGACCAUCAGAGUUUCUGGCCGCUGUCGGAGCCGCCGCCGGGUCAGCUCGGGAUUGCGGCUGUUCCAUUUUACUCUUACUGUAGGAUUGAGUUGUCGGGAUUGCCUGUUGCAAUUAAAACCGUUUCUGCUAUUGAGGAAGUGAGCAGACCUGCGAUUGAAGCUGCAGUUUAUUUCGGGUGGAGAGGAAUGAUUCUUGUGACGCCUUUAGUUUAUGGGUUCAACUUCCGAGGAACCGGAUGAAGAAGCAUUAAGAAGAGUUAUACUGCGUUUGGUUUAUAUAUGUUGAUGUAUUAAUUAGAUUAUUUUCUUCCCUCGUCUUUGUUAUUACAAAUUUGUAAGAGGGAUAGGAAUUGUAUGUUUUAUAUGUAUAAUAUAUUGAGUUAUUAUGUAAGGAGUCUUGUGUAUGAAUCUAUGCCUGCCUGAAUUUUUCUUAAGAUAAAGUAUUUAUUUCUGGUUUUCGAAGAAUUCAGUGAUAUAGUGUCGAGUCACAGGCUCCUAUUUUA